ACCGGGAAGGGCGUUCUUUCUGCGGUCCGAGGCAGCGUAGUCGCACAAGGGGGUGGAUCCUCGCGCAGGGAGGAAAACCCACCUUUUUCAUUGUUAGGGACUCAGUGGAAUGUGUUGGUUUGAUCCUGCAGUGCAGGGAGGGGAAAGAGGGAAGAGACGAACGAGGGCUAUUGGGGGGAAAAGAACCUUCUUCCACAGAGGGCGAAUCUAUAAAGGAGCUGUUUUUUUGACCGGCAGAGCCACCCCGUCUGCGUAGUUCUCAGGACGGUAAACCGAAUGUGUAUUGGGAAUAUACUACGGCUUUUCCAUAUGGCAAGCUCCACGUCCCUGGAAGGAGGUCCAUAGAAAGAACCGGAAUUACCAUCAAGAACCUGAAGAAUUUGGCCCGCUCCAGCAGAUUAAAAUUCACAGAGGAAUCAGAGGAUGCAGCUCUGGGAAAUGAUGGCAUCCCACCUGGACCAACAGCGCUAGAGAAAGCAACUAAGGUGGAGAAGUAAAGUUUAUUUUUUUUAACUUGGAGGAAGAGGGAGGAAGGCCAGUUGAGGGUAUAGAGCACCUCAAGUGUGGACUUAUUCUCAAGAGCCUAACACAUAAAACAAUUAAAAAAACUAGUGGCUGGUGACACAGGACUUGAACCAGGCUUGACCCAGCACCACCAGGCAAAUGUGGGCUUCAACAGAUGGUUAUCAAGUGUAUCUUUUAAAUAAAUAAAAAGAAAACAAUAACCACCACCCAGCAAUGACGGACUACAAGGACACCACGAACCGCCACCUGCGGCACAAGCUGCAGAGCCUGGCGCGCCGCCUGGACGAGCUGGAAGAGGCCACCAACAAGCUCCAGAAAUCAGAGGACGAGCUUCUGGACCUGCAGGACAAGAUCAUCCAGGCUGAGGGCAGCAGCUCCCCCUUGCUGAAUGAAGUCGACUUGCUGCGCAAGCGGGUGCUGAAGAUUGAAGGCAAGGAUGAGGAGGUGCGCAAGGCGGAGGACCUGUGCCGGCUGGUGCGCGAGAAGCUGGAGGAGGAGGAGAACCAGACCAAAGAGCUGAAGUCGGAGAUCGAGCGCCUGCAGGGUAGGAUGGCUGAGCUGGAAAAGCUGGAGGAGGCCUUCAGCAAGAGCAAGUCGGACUGCACCCAGCUGUGUCUCAGCCUUAACGAAGAGAAGAACCUCACCAGGAAGCUCUCCUCGGAACUGGAGGCCCUCAAGGCCCGGAUGAAGGAGGUGGAUGCCUCAGAGAGCAGGCUGGACAGGGCAGAGCAGGCCCUCACGGUGGAGAUGGAGAGGCUCAAGGCCCUCACGCAAGCUUUUGUGGGCGAACGCAAGAGAUUGCUGGAGAAGCAGAGGGAGGACGAGAAGCUCAUCCGGGAGCUGACCGAGAAGCUGGAGCGCAACAACAGGCUGAACAUAGCCGACCAAAGCAGGAAUGCCUCCAACCUCCAGGAGCGGUCCUCAGAGACCAGCGACCUCCGCAUCGAGGAUGACCUGUCGCCUGGCCUAACCAAUAAGUUGGGCAUGCGGAAGAAGAGCCUGGACCUGCUCAAGCUGGCUGACGAAGUGGGCCUGAGGAAUAAGUCUGAGAACGAGAAGAACAGCUCAGAUGGCCAAGAGGACAACAAGGUGAAAGACCUCACCCAGGAGGUCGAGAGGUUAAAAAAUCGUUUGAAGCAGCUGGAACUGGUGGAGGAGGACCUAAAAAACACAGAGUCAAAGAAUGUAGAGCUGCUGGAGAAGUUCCAGCUGGAGAGGAACCGCAGCAAGGCUCUGAAUGACCAGGUGGAGCAGCUUAAGAUGCAGCUGGGUGUCGGCAGUGGUGGUGAUGGAGCGAAGAUUCUCGAGAACGGCAAAGCGGAGAAUGAGGAGAUCAAUGUACGAGGUGGGUUCAGACAGGAGAAGCCCAAGUACAGGAGCGUAGCCGCUGACCCUCCAGUGUCCAAGUACAAAGCCAGAGAGCUCUCCCCUCAGCAGAGAAAAGAAACUAAGCUGAGGAGCAAAGACCUGAGCAAUUCUGAGGAAAGCUCACCGAAAUCUGUCAGGAGGGCUCUCAGCCCAGCACAUAAGAGCAGAAGAGGGGUGAAAACAGGUGCUCCUGUGGUAGAUACAGGGGUGAAGGAGAGAGGGAGAGUGCUGGAGGAGAAAACAACGGGUGCCAGCUACACCUCUUCAUGUGCACCCACAAGUGAUAGCAAGAAGCCCUCGGUCCUUAGCCGCUACCCUCCGGCAGCUAAUGAUCAAAAGUCCUGGAAAACGUCUGUGAAACCCAAUGAGAAUGACAGCAAGAAGAGCCGGGUCGAGAAGUUCUCGAGGUUGUACGUGGGCAGUGACAGCGAGUCCAACAAUUCAGACAUGCUGCCAGAAAGUUCAAGCAAGGCUGUGGAUGUGACAGCCCCUGAGAAGGACGCAUCUGACCAGGAGCAGCUGGAUCCAUCACCGGAGUCCUCCGCAGAGUGUAACCUCUCCAAGGCUAACGGGUCCUACAUCGCCUACAGGUCUCAUGUGGCUCCACUGGUGGCCAGCGAUCUUGGUUCCGAGGGGCACUCCUCGGCCUCAGAGACUGAAUCCACAGGGUCCAGGCGCUCGGCAGGAGAGCCGGAACCCGUGCCUGAAGUGACAGCUUUGAGUGGCAGGCCCACUGCUUCAAAGUAUCCCAGAUACACCCGCUUGCAGGACUCUCACUCAGAGGGCUCGUCGACGAGGAGCUCCUUUGACGAGGAGCAGCAGAGGCCCUUGGUGGCCGAGGGCGGGUCACGGGAGCCCACCCACACGCCCUCGGGCAUCGAAAUCCGCCGCGUCUGCAGCCCGCGGGAAGCGCUGCAGUCCAAGGCGGUCAUCAAGCCGGCCAUUGUGGAGAUCGACAGAAAGGAGGUGAUGAUGUCGGGAGGCGGGUCGGAGCCGCUUGCUCCCAACGGCAAGCCCAAGAUCUCCACCAAGCCGGUCCUAACGAGUAAGAUGACCAGCAGCAUUACCAUCUACCCAGCGCCCAACGACCCCAGCUCCUCCAGGACCAGCAGCCGCAGCAGCAGCGUGUCGAGCGAGCCGCCGCGGGAGCGUCACACCUCCACCAGCAACAUCGUCAUCACCCCCAGCGAUCACCGUAGCAGUGUCUCCAUCCCAUACGAGAUCUCGAUACCCAAGAGCGAGAUCACGCUCCGGCCUUCCCAGGAGGCCGCCGAUGACGAGCUGCCGGGCGUGGAGAUGUCCCGCGUGGAGGCCCAGCUGGUGUCUCGGAGCAGCUUCACCCUGAAAUCCCCAGAGACGACCUUUGACCUCAACAAUGACACGGAAUCCGGGUUCGAGAGCAGCAGCAGCAGCAGCACCACCACGGUCACCAGCUGGAGGAGCCACCGCCGCCAGCCGCAUCCCGGUUGCCGUGACGACUGCCUCCCGGAGAUGCGCAACGUGACCGUGAGGAGCACCUGGAGGAACAAGGGGGCCGCCUCGGUGGACGAGAUCGGCCAGGGGGCGCGGACGGACGGCUCGGAGGACGAGGCGGAGUCGGCCACCACGUGGAGGGCGUACCGGGCCACCACAGUCCUGGACGCGGAGGAGACCACGACGACCACGCGGACCGGCAAGCCCAGCCCGGCGGAGGUGUACAUGCGCAGGAUCAACAGCGUGGUGACCACCAAGGAGAUUCCAGACCCCAUCCGCAGGAGUAAGAGCUCCCUGUCCCCCAUGGAGGGCGGAUACCGGAGGAGCAUCCCCCACGAGCCCGUCUGCGCCCAGGAACUGCAGCCCUGGAACCGGCCGCAGUCCACAGCACUAGAAGAGACGACUGACCCACCAGUCAGUUCAUGGAGAAGGCCGUCACCAGCUGAACUGGGGUCCUACGAUCGCAUCUCCAAGACUGAAUCAGUCAGCAAGAGAACAGCUUCCAAACCGGAGCUGUGGCAGGGGCAAGGGGGCACACCCAGCAGGGGUCAAGUGGGGCGAGCCGAAGGUCGCGGUGGUUUGACACGACCCUGGAGCACCCGCCAAACUGAAAAUUAACGCAGCCUCCACAUACCCCUCACAGGCAAGAGCUCUUGGACUACGAGGAAUGUCCCUCAUCUUAAAUCAUCUUGGCAAAAGUAAUCAACACAGUCUCUUCCUGCAAGAAAGGAUCUUCUGAAUGUCUAGAAAUGGAAUCCAGCUCCCCCACCCCCCCACCCCACCAGUCAUUUAUUUCCAUCUGCACGGACUGCUAACUCGUAUUAUAUAUUCUACCCAUGCACCGGUCACAUGUGGACUGUACCCUGCGGCGGACCUUCUUCUGCUUCAUAUAUGUGAUGUAUCAUAUUCCUGAGACUUGACAAGGGAGAAGCCCGUCCACACGAGGGGGAGGGGUGGGGCUUUAUGUGGGCGUGGUAAGGGGCGGGGUUUGUCUUUCCCAAGCAGACAAUGCGGAUCCCAUACACUUUCUUUAACAUCGCAGGAGAAUCGGCAUCAGAUAUGACCAAAAGCAGGGAGCAAAUUACUGGUCAAAGAUUUUCUGUUUGUACUGUGGUCAUGAUCAGUUUUAUGGUGUUGUUUUAUUUUGACAGAUUAUCCAACAGGCAGACAUGCUGCUUUUUGCCUCCUGUCACUUAAAUCUUUGUGAGUUAGUUCAUUUUGAUGCGUCUAAAAAAAAAAACCCCUACGCUGUAAGAAUGCACACAUAGUACGUAGCUGUAGCGAACCCUCAUGCUAAGCUGAGUCCCUGCAUCAGCAUUCCUUCAUUAUUGCAUUUGCUUCAGUUUCAUAGCAGAGAAAUGUGCUGAAUAUCAAAGUGAUGGAUAGGCCAAUAUCUGAGCUCAUAUCAUCCUAAUAUCUCUAAAUUGUCAGUGCUCAGAGGCGUUGGUCCAUUUGCUCACCCCUCCUCCUACAUUAUGCUAAGUGUGAGGUGAGAUACCUCCAUUGAGCGAUGCAAUGAGAAUUCAUCUGCUGACAGUUCCCUGCAUUUCAGUAGUCUGCUUUAUGGAUUUAUGUUAAAAAGAAGAAAAACUUGCCGUGGACUUUAGAGCCGAUUGCCGCCAGUUUUUAUCUUUAGGUUUCUGCAGACAAGGAGUCCUGUAGAAUGUGCACUUUGACAUUCAGUGACACAUAGCACAUUGGUCACACGUCACACCAAACCAGUC